GGAGUUGCUGACAUGCUUCGGGCGGUGGUUACUCAUCAAUCCGACCCACUUUUGGCUACCUCCGUAGGCGCAUCGUGGCUUCCAGUACACCAAAUAGACAUCAAAGGAUACUAUGCUAGCUGAUGAGCUUGGCGCGACGGCGCCGGGUCGAGAAACAAUACCGUAUCUUACAAGGAUGUUUCAUAACCCGCAGCGUAGCCGCAGCAUCAAAUAUCCUGUUCAUCCUGAUCCCUCGCAUCGAGACACAAUGUGUGCCCACAGGACAAACCCCGUAAUCCCACGGUCUGGCAGCGCGUUUCUCCCGAAACCGCCCAUUCCAGGUCCCCCAGAAUCAUUAUUUGUUUCCACCUUUGGUGCCCUCCUUCCACCCGCGCAAUACCUCCAAACGCAAGAUGGAAAAGCUGCAUACUACUCCAUACCGCCCUCAGUAUCCCACACAGACGCGCAGACACCUGAUAACGUGCUCUUCGUCCAUGGCAUCCAGACCCCGGCGAUAGGAAUGCUACCCCUGGCUCGCGCUCUACAUGAUGCCUUUUCAAACGCGCAUUUCGUGUUGGUAGAUCUCUGGGGUCACGGCUUAAGCGAUACGCCGAUGAUUCCACAUGAAGCCACGACAUUUCAUAGGCUACUUGAUGCGCUACUCGAUCAUCUACAAUGGCCAUCGGCACAUCUUAUCGGCUUUUCCUUCGGCGGUUCCCUGACAGUCGGAUACGUUAACUCACGACCAUCUCGCGUUAGCAGUGUUACGCUUGUUGCGCCUGCUGGGCUUCUCUCUAUUUCGUCUUUUCCAGAAGAGGAUCAGCAUCAUCUUGAUUGUGGUGUUGACAACGAUGACGAUGAGCUACGCAGAGUCAUCCUGCAUUUCCUUGAAGGUGGCCGGCUGGUAGUACCAAGUGACUGGAGAGAAAGAGCUGGAAGAGGCGAAGUUGUUGCAGAGGCAGUGAGGGAAUGGCAGAUGCGCGAACAUCCUGGGCAUACAGCAUCCGUGAUUGCAGCGUUUAGAGACGGUGGUGUGAUGGAUAAUCAUGAUGCGUUUGAGAAGGCCGUGCAGUCCGAUAUACCAGCAUUGGUGGUACUGGGCGAGAACGAUGAUGUUUGUACAGAGCGGGAGUUGGGAGAAAUCGGGUUUGAUGACAUCUUUGUCAUCCCGCAAGUUGGACAUGGUGUUGUACGGGAACGGGUGCCAGACGUUGCUGGGUUCAUCGCGGACUUUUGGAAUAGGUUGAGGAGUGAUAGAAAAUAGUAGAGGCGGAGUGAACGUCAAGACCUUCGCACUUACGUUCUGAUUCCGACCAUGGCUGCUUGUCAACUAUACUCCCUCUGCAGCCGCCACCACCUUACGAACAUCGGACCUGACGGCUAAAGUGCUCGGAGGAAGCUGAUGAAUUGCUGGAAAAAGUUAACUUUCGGCGAUUGGUGUGCAGCAUGUGUGCUUCAUGCCUAAGUACCACAACAAGUUUGCAAAGCAAAUAAGGUCUUGAUCGAACAGAAGUGGGAGUAUUGGUGCAUCACACCCGUUCGCAGCAACCGACACUAGGGGAUCUAGCUCUAGUAACUUGAAUCCGACCCGUCGCUUAUGACGAGCAUGAGCAACACGUAUCUGAUCUACCCCAGGUACCAAAGUUCACCGGCGUGCCUGUCGAGCUACAUAGGUAUG